ACCACAGAUAACAACUCUGAAAAGCACUGCACUUUUGUCAACAACAUCAUCUACUGUUCAAACAACAACCAUUUUGCCGUUAACUUCUGUAAGCAAUGACGCAGCAAAAACAUCUGAAAUGCCAAUAACAACCAUUCAAAGCACCACUUAUUUGUCAACAGCAUCAUCUACAGUUCAAUCAACAACCGUUUUUCCAUCAGUUUCUACAAGCACAAGCAAUGAUGCUGCAACAAAAUCUGAAAUGCCAUUAACAACUCAAAGCACCACGCAUAUGCCAACAACAACAUCUACUGUUCAGACAACAACUGUUUUGCCAUUAACUUCUUCAAGCACAAGCAAUGAUGCGGCAACAACAACAUCUGAAAUACCAAUAACAACAACUCAACAAAGCACUAUGCUAUUCCCAACAACUUCAUCUACAGUUCAAACAACAACCCUUUUUUCAUCAGUUUCUACAAGCACAAGCAAUGAUACUGCAACAUCUGAAAUGCCAAUAACAACCACUCAAAGCACCACUUAUUUGUCAACAGCAUCAUCUACAGUUCAAACAACAACCGUUUUGCCAUCAACUUCCACAAGCACAAGCAAUGAUGCUGCAACUACAUCUGAAAUGCCAAUAACAACAACUCAACAAAGCAUUACGUUUUUGCCAACAACAGCACCUACAAUUCAGCCAACAAACGUUUUGCCAUCAACUUCUACAAGCACAAUCAAUGAUGAUACAACAACAUCUGAAAUGCCAUUAACAACUCAAAGUACCACACAUAUGCCAAGAACAUCAUCUACGGUUCAAAAAACAACUGUUUUGCCAUCAACUUCUACAAGCACAAGCAAUGAUGCUGCAACUACAUCUGAAAUGCCAAAAACAGUUAAAGAAAGCACCACACAUUUGCCAACAUCAUCUACUGUUGAAAUGGCAACUGUUUUCCCAUUAACUUCUACAAGCACAAACAAUAAUGCUGCAACAACAUAUGAAAUGCCACUGACAACAACUCAAUGCACCACUUAUUUGUCAACAGCAUCAGCUACAGUUCAAACAACAACCGUUUUUCCAUCAGCUUCUACAAGCACAAGUAAUGAUGCUGCAACAACAUCUGAAAUGCCACAGACAUCACCUCUGAAAGGCACUGCGCUUUUGCCAACAACAUCAUCUACUGUUCGAACAACAACCAUUUUGCCGUCAACUGCUGCCAACAAUAAUGCUGCAACAACAUCUGAAAUGCCACUGACAACAACUCUGAAAAGCACUAUGCUUUUGCCAAUAACAUCAUCUGCUCACCACGCAUAUACCAACAACAUCAUCUACUGUUCAGACAAAAACUGUUUUGCCAUCAACCCAAAGCAUCAGUCAUUUGCCAAAAGCAUCAUCUACAGUUCAAGCAAGAACCAUUUUGCCAUCAACUCCUACAAGUACAAGCAAUGA